AUGGCCUCCAAUCCCCACGUCACAGCACUCCACGACCUACCAGCAUCCGAAGCAAAAUGGGUCAAUCUCCAGAAAGCGACAUACAUAGACGCCAAGGGCAACGAACGAGUCUGGGAAGUCGCCAGUCGCAAGACACGCGGUAAAGCUGGUAUUGAUGCCGUGGCUAUGGGGAACAUUAUCUACCAUCCCUCGAAGCCACCUUCCACAAUCGUAGUUUUGCAGUUCCGACCUCCGAUUGAUGCUAUCACUGUUGAGUGGCCAGCCGGCUUAGUUGAUGCGGAUGAAUCACCCGAGGAAGCUGCAGUCAGGGAACUAAAGGAAGAAACUGGCUACGAUGGCAAAGUCAUUAGUGUGUCACCAACAGUCGCAGCUGAUCCUGGUAUGACGAGUGCGAACAUGAAGUUGGUCAUGAUGGAGGUUCAUCUGAAGGAAGGCGAGCCAGAACCUGAACAACACUUGGACGAAGGAGAGAACAUCCAACGAGUGACUAUUCCACUGGCCGAACUGUACGAGAGGCUGAAUGAAUUCGCGAGCAAGGACAGAUACUGCAUCGCGGCGAAGCUCUAUCAUUGGGCUGUUGGUGUGCAAUUUGCGAGAGAUCAUCCUCACCUGUUCGAGAAGUUGUCUCAGCCUGGCGCAUCGACCUGA